CCCCCCACCGCCGCAUUUCGCGGCCGGCCGCCGGAGCAGGGCGCGGGGGGGGAUGAUGGAUCCGCGGCUGCGGCUGCUGACGCCCCGCGCCCGCCAGCCCGCCGUCAAUGGAGGAGGACGUUGAGAGCCGCAAGAUCAGCGGCAGCUUCCUGCGGGACCACAGCUAUGCCACGGAAGCUGACAUAAUCUCUACAGUAGAAUUCAACCACACAGGAGAGUUGCUGGCAACAGGGGACAAAGGGGGCCGAGUUGUGAUAUUUCAGCGUGAGCAGGAGAGCAAGCACCAGCCCCACCGCCGCGGCGAGUACAAUGUCUACAGCACCUUCCAGAGCCACGAGCCGGAGUUCGAUUACCUGAAGAGCCUGGAGAUCGAGGAGAAGAUCAACAAGAUCCGAUGGCUCCCGCAGCAGAACGCAGCCUAUUUCCUGCUCUCCACCAACGAUAAGACCGUGAAGCUAUGGAAGGUCAGCGAGCGGGACAAGAGGCCAGAGGGCUACAACCUGAAGGACGAGGACGGUCGUCUCCGAGACCCCUCCAUGAUCACCAUGCUGCGGGUGCCCGUGCUCCGGCCCAUGGACCUGAUGGUGGAGGCCACGCCUCGGAGGGUGUUUGCCAAUGCACACACCUACCACAUCAACUCCAUCUCUGUCAACAGCGACUAUGAGACCUACAUGUCAGCAGAUGACCUGAGGAUAAACCUGUGGAACUUUGAAAUCACAAAUCAGAGUUUUAACAUCGUGGACAUCAAGCCAGCCAACAUGGAGGAGCUGACGGAGGUGAUCACGGCGGCCGAGUUCCACCCGCACCACUGCAACACCUUCGUCUACAGCAGCAGCAAGGGCACCAUCCGGCUCUGCGACAUGCGCACCGCCGCGCUCUGCGACCGCCACGCCAAGUUUUUUGAGGAGCCUGAAGACCCCAGUAACAGGUCGUUUUUUUCUGAGAUCAUCUCCUCAAUCUCUGAUGUCAAAUUCAGUCACAGCGGGAGGUAUAUCAUGACCCGUGACUAUCUCACUGUCAAGGUGUGGGACCUGAACAUGGAGAACCGGCCCAUUGAGACCUACCAGGUUCACGACUACCUGAGGAGCAAGCUCUGCUCGCUCUACGAGAACGACUGCAUCUUCGACAAGUUCGAGUGCGUCUGGAAUGGCUCUGAUAGCGUCAUCAUGACAGGCUCCUACAACAACUUCUUCCGCAUGUUCGACCGCAACACGAAGCGCGACGUGACGCUGGAGGCCUCGCGGGAGAACAGCAAGCCCCGCGCCAUCCUCAAGCCCCGCAAGGUCUGCGUGGGCGGCAAGCGGCGGAAGGACGAAAUCAGCGUGGACAGCCUGGACUUCAGCAAAAAGAUCCUGCACACGGCCUGGCACCCCUCCGAGAACAUCAUCGCCGUGGCCGCCACCAACAACCUGUACAUCUUCCAGGACAAGGUUAACUAGGAGGACACGGCGCUCCUUGGGAGGCUCGUGUACCGGCGCCAGCGCACGCGUGCCCUCAAGUGUUGCUGUUCUUUUCCUUUCUCUCUUUCUUUUCCCCCUUUCCUUCCUCUUCCUCCUUCCAGUUGUUGCUCUUCAGGUAGCAUCUGAACAGGGUAGCAGGAGUGGCCUGCACCCUCAGUGCUGGGGGACACCCAGAGACACCCCAUUUCUUGUUGAGCACUCAGAGGUGUUGAACGUUUGCUGCCCCACUGUCCUCAGGUGGCUCUGGGCUAGCUGGAGCCAUCUGGUCGUGGAUAAGGUGGUGGUGGUGGUGGUGUGGGCUGUCAGCAGCAGAUAGGGAGGGGGCACGUGGUGUGUGUGCCCAUGGGGCAUUCCAGCAAGUCUUGCUCUGAUCGUUCAAACUUGACCUGAGCAGUACUGCACCUGUGGUGUUGCAAGAGCAGAACCUUGUCCCUGUUGCCCUGUUUCACGUUUGUCUUUUUAUUAUUAUUUUGUGUUGUCACCAACAGAGACAGCAACCCUCACCCUAACCUGGGACAGCUCAGAUUUGCAAGGGACAAGCUUACAGGGCCUGGGGCAGGGGGGAAUCUGCUGCACACUGGCCAGGAUGCUGCCUCUCUCCACGCCACUGACACCUUCCUGAGGAUUUGGCUUUGUAGAUACUGUGGUGCCUUUCUUGGUAUAUGAAAUACCUUUAUAAAUGAUGCUUCCAAACUGCAUUGACUGCAAACCAAAUCCACCCUGGGCAAACCUCUGCAGCUCCUGUCUUUUGCUUUGGUCAUUUUCACCUGUUCUGUUGUGAGCUCUUGCAUGUUGUGACUCUUUCACUCUCUCUCUGUCUCUCUUUCUCUCUCUCUCUCUCUCUGUGUUUCUCUUUUUUUAAUUAUUUAUUUAUUAGAUUUUUUUAAAGAUAAAGUUGCUAAUUUAUGACCUUCUAAAAAAAAAGGAAUCCAACCCUACCUUGCUGUUAGCGCCUGACUGCUUCAGAGAGGGGCCCUCUGAGGUCCUAUCUUAUCAUAACAGUAACGACAAUAAAAGCAGUAACUCCUCCUCUCUGCAUGGCCAGGCUGCCCCUCUCUACUCUAGAGACUGCUCAGGCCCUUCCUCCUUCCACUUGAGCGACUGUUCAAUAACAAAACCAACGAAACCAGAACUGCUGAGUUUUCAGUCAACCUGAAAACUGCUCCUGCAAGAAAAAGCAAAUGAGUCAAUGAAGUCAGUUAAGAGCCAACGCUGGCACUGCAGGGAUGGCUCCCUAAGGGCAUCCCUCCAGCCCUGGCAUCCUUCCAGCACUGGCAUCUCUGUGGGGAUGGGCAUAGGAAGCUCCAUAGGCCAAAUGUCUUCUUGGGACAGUCUCUGUGGGGCACCAUGAGAAUUCCAGCACGUCCUACUGUGGCCUCCCAGCUCCUACACCCAGCACAGGAGAGGAGCUGCCACUCACUCGAGGAGCAGAGGGACCCCAUGGAAACCAGAAGCUGUGGAGCAGAGGGACCCCGACCAGACUUUGGCCCCUGGAGGGAGCCUGGGAGCACUGGGACAGAGCUGGCCACCUUCAGAAGAGUGACCACACAGGAAGAACAAAGUGCACUGGCUCAUAAAUGUACCACAAGUGAUGGCUUUUGGGAGUAACUGUGUGUUUUUUUUUAAUGAAAUGGUUAAUAAAAUAGCAAGAGUAAAGAAAUCGUUUUUUUAAAAAAAAGCUCUUUUUUGGUUCCUGUACAGAAAGCCUGCACUCUGCUCUCAGAAGUAAAGUUGUCCCAAACCUG